GUGAAAGUGGCCGCCGAGCGCCAACCCACCAUGUCAGAAGGCAGCCGGACGGCCGAGGGAAACCAACGACGACUUGACCGGGUCGAUGAGGUUGUGAGUGACCAAGUUUCUGCCGGCCCCGUGUGCGCACGCUGUGCUCGCUCUUGGAGGUAGCCGACCACCCGGGAAACUGCGGCACCGGUGUGGCCGACGGCGCGCAUCAUUCAACCAGCCGGAAGGCACGCCUACUUUCUUUCACCGGGAACUGAAUUGCGCCAUUUGAUUUCUGCAGCGGGACGCCCCGGCAGACGACGGGUCUCCACCCUGGAAGGCAUGUCGUCGCGGCGCUGGUUCCCGGAUCCCGACCGACGAUCGGAAGGCUGGUUUCUCACCGGCAGCGCGACGCCGCUGGUGGCGCUGCUGGCGCUCUACGUGUACGUCGUCAAGGUGCUGGGCCCGCGGGCCAUGAAGGGCCGCACGCCCUUCCACAUCCAGCCGCUAGUGCUCGCGUACAACCUGUUCAUGGUGUUCAACUGUGCCUUCUUUCUCGCCGAGUUCGUUCGGCUGGCAUUUGUCGAGAACGGCUACAGCUUGCUGCUACAGGAGGUGGACACGUCCAUGCGGCCGGCUACGCUACGGCUUGUGAGCCUCUCGUGGUGGUAUUACAUGUUCCGCAUCUUCGAGUUCACCGAGACCGUCUUCUUCGUGCUACGCAAGAAGUUCGGACAGGUGAGCGGCCUGCACGUAUUCCACCAUUGCGUGAUCGCGUGGAACAUGUGGAUCUGCGUGACGUACGGGGCCCAGGCGCAGACCAUCUUCGUGACGUGCAUGAACACGCUGGUACACUUGGUCAUGUAUUCGUACUACUUCCUCGCCGCACUGGGGCCAUGCGCCCAACCGUUUCUUUGGUGGAAGCGGUACCUCACGCAGGUGCAGCUGGUGCAGUUCGUGGUUCUGAUGGUGCACAACUCGCUUCCGCUGUUCUUCGCGGGUCACUUCGUGCGCCCAUUCUCGGCGAUCCUUGUCAUCGAGGGACUCAUCUUUUUCGCCUGGUUCUCGGCCUUCUACUUGGGCACCUACCGCCGCUCCAAGGCAUCGGUCAUGCUUUUCGAGUGCCACAAGACUGACUGAACUGCCAACAGCAGUUUCUCGGCCUUAAGAGGAAGCUCGGCAACUCUCAUCUAUUGCAGACUUUAGAGAGCAAUUUAGUCGGGGCGCCGAAGCUCCAAACUUAUAAAGUGGUUCUAGCCUGCGCAACAAUACAUAACCAGCAGUCGCUGCAAGGGGCUUGGCCGAAAAUUUCUAUGGUGGGCACUAUCGUCAAGCACGUUCACAAAAUUCCAGCACCAAGCGAGACAAUUUUGCAAAGGCAAUCGACGAUACAAAAAUCGCCUUCACCGCCACGGUGAGCACAUUGUCGUGGGGCGGAAUGGAAUAACACUAGUGCAAGUUGGUUCCUAUAAAAAACGUCCAGUGUUUGAAACGAACCCGGAGUCCACAGCCCACCAGAUGUGGUUCUGUCGCAUGAAACCACAUUCAUGAAACCAAAAAAUUUUAUUGUGACUGAUUGAGAGCUCGAAAUCGGGUUUGACCCUGUCUGUCGAUUCCGUUACGCUGACGAUGACUUUUGUCGUCAUUGACGACAAGUCAUUUCUGUCGCCGUCAAGCUACUUCGUGAUCCCCAGCGUCCUCCACAGCCACUGCAUUUGAAAUUGAAGCCCUACCAGUCGAGCCCGCUAACCACUCACUUAUUUUUCUUUAUUACAAGGAAACAAAACAUGGCAGGGCAUUAAGCUUCACAGACACUCUGAGAGCCGUGGUAGUGUUGCGUGUAUUUCGGAUUCCAGAACGAGCACUACUGUAGUGGACGAGGGUCACAUAAUAUGGCGUCGCAUGACAGCGGUGUGUCGGCGUGCAAUUCUUCGUCGUCAUGCUCGUGAAAAAAGCGAAGGUCACACAACGCCGGCAUAUAUGACAAUCAUGAUGAUAAAUGUCAAUUUCGUGCUUGAUCUCUAUUCAUGGAUUAUCGGGUAGCCCGCUCCAAAGCCAUGCUCGAUGAUGAUAACGCUCAAACAUGAUUCAUACAUUAAGAUCAAAAAUGUGCCGAGAAUAUAAGGUCGAUGGUGAAAAACAACGUUGAAAGCAUCGCGAACGUCAAAGCUGAUAACGCCGACGCAGUGACAACACAUUGUUUACACAGCACCUAACAGCCGACAAGUGUUCCAUACAGGAACACUGCAAAUGUCGAGAAAAAAAAAUGAAAUCACUCAAAUGUGGUGGGCGGCACUGCCUUGUUUUGAUCAUGACGUAAGCUGCAGUAAUGUUUUGGCCUCAGUGUUAAAUAAUCCGCCAGUACCAACUCUGAAAAGAACAUCGAGCCUAAAAAGUGUGCGACAUUGGGCGCACUGACUGCAUCGUCACGUACCGGCUCAACAUUAAUAUACAAAAAAAUGCAUUUAAAAAUUAUUUAACGAUGCCAAGUCUGAAGGUCAUCUCAAAUGACAUGGCACAGUCACGUUGGGCAGGUAGGUGCUCACACGUUGUUCUAUCUGAACAAUUAAAACACAGUAUGCCUGCUUUACACAAAACAGUUUAAACAUUAACGGUCACUUAGGUAUGCCUACGUGGUCUGACUGCGAAAGCAUUCUGAGUUCUCUAAGUUAUCACCAUUAAAGACUUCUUAAGUACUACAACGUGUCUGCAAUCACUUCUUCGCUUUCCUUUCUCUGCGUUCAUUAAUCAUCAGACCGCAACCUCUCAGAACUCGCCACUAAGCAGCUGCGAGUUCAUAUUGCGAUUGUUUCAUUAUAGGCUUUGGGAAGUAAUGCGUGACGUGACGUCGUACAUGAAGCUAAGCAUAUCGUAACCAAUUUCACCUCCACUUGUCACGUGACUAUGAUACGUGACGACAUACAUUUUCACGUGUCCUUAACAACUCUACCUUAAUCCGCGUUCACCCACUAUAAUCAACAUUCCUCUAAUUUGUACCGCCCUUGCUCUCUCUUAAUCCACUUUAUUCUGCGUUAUUCCACUUUAAUCAACCUCAAUCGGUACACUUUUUCAACCUUAAUUCACUUUAGACUACCUUAAGUCGCCUUACUCUAACGUCGCAGCUAGACGGCUGGCACGUGACCUGUGCAAUGACGCACGCACUAGGUACACCUUUAGUCAGCCAGAACUGUGAAGCAGGCGUGGCAUCAGAGAAGCGUGCUCGUCUCCCACCCAAGAGGCCCUAGUUUGAUUCCCAACCAGACCCAAAUGUGCCAAGCUUUAAUUUCGAAUGUAUAAUUUACUUUAUUUACUGGAGCCGUCCUGAGAAAUUCCACAGCAAUACGAGCAUUUGGAAGCGAAAGUAUUAUAUGCCUUAUUUCGCGAAAAUUCGGCGUUGUCGACGGCGACUUGACCGAUAGAUGGUGCCAAAAAUGCCCGACGGCACGAAGAAAAAAAAACACGUCAAAGACUGCUCGGAUGCACGGGAAAUGGUUCGUGCAGGUUUCUCUAAAUAAAUUGAUGCUUUUGAAAAUAAAAUUCGGUAUACUUUUGUCGGCUCGACCGCGUGCCGCCGGGGUGCCAGACGAGCUUGCUUCCCCGACGCCGUGGUGGCUGCAUGGUUGGCUAAAGAGUGCACGCGUCAAUGGACACGUCACUGUCUCCGCCACUGCCACCUACGUGUCACUUUCUCUUGGGAUUUCAUCAUUGCUGUGCCUACUGCUAUGCACACGAAAGCGUCUACCUCAGCUGCAGCUGCGAAAGGUGGCCGCCCGCGGAAGCACGCCUCAGAAGAUGAAAAAAGAACACAAAAAAGACGACAUAGUCACGACAGACAUACAAUUAGGCAUAAAAUGAAAUUCGUUGUUCUGGAGCAAAAUGCCCCGAAUAUUUUCAGCCUGUGGCCAAGGUAUACGCAAAUACACACACCGAUUCAGCAGGAACAAAUUUAAUGCAAAUCGAAAACAUCAAUCCAAAUUAUUUCACCUAAGCAAUUGUAAUCUUUUCGCAAUCCCACACGUAAGCAGUUGUAAGUCCCUAUGCUGAAUGUGUUUUACGUAUUUUCACUCUUUGCGCCAUCGGCUAUUUUCGGUACCAUCGCUUGAUCAGGCCAGAUGUUCUACGUCAUGGGUCAUAUAAUGCUUUCGCAAUAAUAAACAAUGUACCAAUAC